AUGUAUUUCAAUUUACUUUCGCGCUACCCCUUGCCUGUCAGACCAUGAGGAGGGCGACCCACUCCCUCUUUAUGUUGACGAACUCAGUCCUUAACGUGAAGCAUGGCUGGGGAAGGCGAAAAGAAACCCGUACUGGAGAUGGUCCAGGCUGACGGGGCUGAUGAGGGCUGUGUAACAUUUGUGCUGCAUGAUGAAGACCACACAUUGGGCAACUCCCUCAGAUAUAUGAUCAUGAAGAACCCCGAGGUAGAUUUCUGUGGCUACACCAUUACCCAUCCUUCAGAGACCAAGAUCAAUUUUCGCAUCCAGACACGAGGGGGUGUUCCAGCCACAGAGCCGCUCCGUAAAGGACUGAAUGAGCUCAACGAUGUUUGUCAACAUGUCCUCAACACCUUUCAGGCGAGAGUUAAUGAAUUCAAAGAGAGACAGGAGGAGCCCAUGGAGUGAGGAGCAUCACAUGUGGGGCUUUGGAGUGUUCCUGUAAAUAAACUGCAAAACUAGUUAUAAUAAUAUUUCCCUUGUUAUGUGUCAAAGUAGUUUGAUCAUGUCACCUUCAAACGAUUGUACAGUAUAUUAUGUGUGUUUUUGCAUUUGUCAUUCUAGGAUUGUUGGAAUGAUUAACCAAACAAAUGUAAAACAUUAAACAGCAGAUUUCCAUGUU